AUGGACGAGCAAGUCUACCAACAGACCGGUCAAGUCACACCUGCUAUGAUGGAAGAGUGGGAGGCCAAGGCUCGCGCUCGCGCUACAGCUCAGAGUGAGGAUAGACAGCGCAACUUUGGCAAGGUCAACAUUGGUGGCGGAAAGUACAUGGAACAGUCCGAGCUUGAUGCCAUCGCUCAGAGUAGACUGAGACCCACUCUGGAUGAAAUCAACGAUAACGCAGAGAAGAAACGCGCUAGAGAUGAAGAGAUCCGUCUCGAGCAGGAAGAGAGGAGACGUGUGCAGAUGACCGAGAAGGAACGCGAGAGGGAAGUCAAGGCUGAGACGAAGCGCCUGAAGGGUGAGUGA